AUGCCGUCCUUCGUGUCGUCUCUCUUGCUCUUGCUAGGGCUCUACCUGCGCUCUACCAUCGCCUCCAUCUAUCCUGUAGAAAGUAGCGAAUGGAUUCCACCAUAUCAACGCGCUGAGAAGUUGUUUGCUACUGAUCAUGGCCCAAUCUUUGCACGCACGGGAAAUGCCUCUAUCACUCUUGAUAUCAGUGGCGUAAACGUUACGGAGGACAUGGUCGGCUGGCGACUCGUCGUCUUUUUCUAUCACGUAAACACCUAUGAAGACUUUGAAGCUGUAGCUGGAAAGAUUGAGAUUUUGGCCUGUUCAAAAGCCAAGGGAGCAAAAUUUGACGGCAUGUCGAACAUCCAGCGAUCUGUGUUUCCAGUGAAUAAUGAUACUGAGCCGUCAGUGCGCGCCAAUGUGUCGCAUCUCGUCAUUUCGAGCGGCUGGACGGAUACGCAGGUGUUUGUCUGUGCUGAUGAUGACAAAGCUGCAACGGAGACGCUGCAGUUUGCUGGAUCAAUGGAAAUACGCAACCCGUACGGACUAUUGCCAGCUGUACUGUACGGCAUGCUGCCGUUCAGUGGCUUUUUGACUGCUGGAUAUUUAGUCCUGGACGUGUUUUUUACGUUUUUGUUGAUCCGGCAUCGUCGCCAGCUAUUGUCACUGCAUUGGGGCAUUCUACUGGUUCUCAUUAUGGGAACGGCUGCAUCUGCAGUGUGUUUCUAUGCAUUCUAUCGGAUGAAUAAGACGGGAGAACCAGUGUGCUGUCCCUACCCGACGACGUUCUUGAUCUCAGUGAUUCUAGAUACGCUGAUGCGCACGCUGGCUCGUGUUAUCCUGCUAAUUGUGUGUCUUGGCUAUGGUAUUGUUCGAAGCCAUUUCACCCGUGUUGAAGUCAGUGUGAUUGCCUUGUUGUCGCUGGCCUACUUUGGUUCGGGUGUCGCUGACGAGGUGACGCGAGGCACAUCAAGUGGCGCUGACUUUCGUGACAAGCCAACAGCUUGGUCGUUUGUUCAGUUGCUUUGUAACCUUGCGUUCAUUAUGUGGAUCCAGUACUCCAUGGAGCGCAUUCUGCGUGAUCUGCGGGAUCAGAAGCAGUUUGCCAAACUCAGCAUGUACCGUUGGUUGGCCUGGUCGCUCGCCGCUUUCAUCGUGUUCUUCACCGUUCUCACGGUCGUAGCCGUCUGCAGUCGGCUCGGCGUCUUUGAGUGGGAUGUCGAGUGGGAGUGGAUGCAGCUCGUGGCGUGGCCUGUGCUGAAUUUCACUGUUUCAGCUGCCAUGACUCUCAUCUGGAGACCGACCCAAAAUAGCUCGCAGUUUGCGUACUCCACGCAGUUACCGACGAUCGAAAGUCCCGGUAUCGAGAUGACACGCAACACACACGGCUCAUUAUCGGACGAAGACAUCAACCCAGAGAUUGAGUCAGACUCGGAUGAAGAAAAUUCUCGCGCUUCACUUACUGAGAAGAAGCAAAAGAGUUACAGCAAAGAUAGCGACGAUAUGGAAGGAGUUUAG